GAUGAACAGAUGACAGAUGAAGAAAGGAAAAUAUAAAAUAUAACAUAACCUCCAAUUACAUCGUCGGUUUGUUGUUUGAAACCUACGAAUUUUUGAAACAUAAUUGUAAUUUAUUUAUAAAUUAUGGCAGAUGAUUUAGAAAAUAUUCCGUCUAUAACAGUAAAAGAACCCUUGGACUUGGUGAGACUAAGUUUAGAUGAAAGAAUAUAUGUAAAAAUGCGAAAUGAUCGUGAACUUCGCGGCAGAUUGCAUGCUUAUGAUCAACAUAUGAACAUGAUUUUAAGUGAUGCUGAAGAAACGAUUACUACAGUAGAAAUAGAUGAGGAGACAUAUGAAGAAGUUUACAGAACUACAAAGAGAAAUAUUCCCAUGCUUUUUGUAAGGGGAGACGGGGUCAUUUUAGUGUCUCCACCAAUGCGAACAUCCUAAUCAUACUUUUUAAUAAUUAUUAUACUUCUUUCCUGCAUAUGUAAAUGCACAUUUAUGUUUAUAACUAAUAUAAUUAGAAUAUCUCAAAUUUGAAAUAAAAACAGUGUUUUUAAAUUUUGAA